CGGAAAAAUAACACAAACAACAUGAAAGCCGCCGUCAUCAUCUUCGCUUGCCUUUUGGCUGUUGUUGUCGCUCGCCCCAAUCCCGAGGCUGAAAUCGUCCGUUUGGACUCUGAUGUCGGACCUGAGAGCUACACCUACAGCUUGGAGACCAGCGAUGGCACCAAGAAGGACGAAGCUGGUCAAUUGAAGGAUGUCGGUACCGAUCAUGAAGCCAUCGUUGUUCAGGGCAGCUUCUCGUGGAAGGAUGAGAAGACUGGCGAAGUAUACACUGUCACCUAUACCGCUGACGAGAACGGUUUCCGACCACAAGGCGCUCACUUGCCCGUUGCCCCAGUUGCUUAA